AUGUCUUGUCGGGACUUUCAGCUCCUCAUAAAGGAUGAGUGGUUUCUGUUAGUAAUUUCAUCACAAGGAUUCGCUGCUAUAUGCUCGGCUGCGAUAUCCCUUUUCGCUAUUAGAAAAUGUAUGGACCUACAUUUCCAUGUGAAUUGCAGGGCCUCCCACGUGGUUCGCUUUAUACUUUAUGAUUCGUGUGAAGCCACAAUCUCUUCUGCUCUCUGUUUCGCACUUCGCUUACCAGCGGGAAUAUGUGUGGCAUCAUUUGCUGUCCUUCAGCUCGGUAUGAUAUUAGAACGUGCUAUCGCUUUAUGGAGAAGGCAACACUACGAAACCUCAGGUGCAAUGUUAGGAUAUGUGAUAGCUGGAUGUUGCAUUUUCACCGGAGCUGUAAUGGCCACUUGGUCGAUGUUGCAAAUGGAUCUUAAUACAGAAGUUGUUUACUGUUCAACUAGCACUACUGCCACUGCAGAUAGGUUGAGAACCCGAACAUUCACUCAAUGUGUCAUAAAUGUUUUUGCGUUACUCUGUGCUGGACUUAUAUAUUAUUACAAUGCAGCAGCUAUCAAACGGAGAUAUUUUGAUCUACAUUCGUCGUAUCAACUGCAAGAAAAUGUUGACGUCAUUAAUGUGUUUAUACCGCUAUCAAUGUUCCAAGCUAUCUUCCAUCUGUUUUUUUCUAUCAGUGCGGUCGUUCUUUUGACUUUUCGAGCUAGUAAUCCAACGACGACAUACCGAACGAUCAUGGCAUCAUUCUAUAUCAUACCGUACUACACACUGGCUUCACCAGCAUUACUGCUAUUGUUGCUGAGGUCGUCAUCGCAAAAACGAACUGCAAAGAUAGCCGCGUUACCAAAGAUUGCUAACGAGCAAACUUACUUUGAUGCAUAUGCUAAAAUGUGGGCAGUCACACUACCCAGUAAAAAUUGAUGCAG